AUGAAUGUUCCUGUAAAACUCCUGGGCUUCGUUGUUUGGUUGUUGUGCUUAAAAUGUGGCCAGUGUAAAGAUUGUCUUCGAGAUGACAUUACAUAUGAAAAUGUAGAACCAGUUUCAGAAGCGUCAUAUGCUGAUGGAAAAACAGUGAAGGUGACCUGCGAGACAGGGUAUACUGGCAUGUACAGAUUAAAGUGUGAAAACGGAAAAUGGAGUGAAAACAUUGCGCGACCAUGUGCAAAGAAAAAGUGCAGUCAUCCAGGGGAUGCAGCAAACGCUGAUUUUAAACUUUUAGAUGGGACGGAGUUUGUAUUUGGAACAACGGUGGUGUAUACUUGCAAGAAAGGAUAUGAAAUGACAAGCAGAAUCAAUCAGCGUACCUGCCGAUCUCAAGGAUGGGAUAAUGCCAUCCCUGAGUGUGAAGCGGUGAAAUGUCCAGCCAUUCGCACGGACAGAGAGGUGAUUGCAUCGGGCAACACAGAGGAAGGGAAUUAUGGCGAAGUUAUUCAUUUUGAGUGUGCAUCUUCUGAGAAAAAGAUAGACGGAAGCAGAGACAUUCACUGCACAGAGAAGGGCGACUGGAGUGCCCCGGUUCCAAACUGCAUAGAGAUAACAUGCACAGCACCUGACUUACUAAAUGGAGAAUUUAUUGAUUUGAUGCCAGUAUAUCAGAAAGAUGCCACAUUAAAAUAUAGAUGCAACCAAGGGUACAAGAUUAGAGAUGCAUUUCCCAGAUGUGCCUCACAUGGCUGGACUCUGAACCCUGAAUGUGAUGUUGUAACUUGUGAGCUUACAUCAAACUAUGAGGUGAAAAAGGUCGUCCCAGAAGGAAAAACUAUUUUCAAAGCUGGAGAAAGAGUGACAAUUACCUGCACUGAAAAAACCUGGUUUAGAUCAAAAGAAACCAGCAGAACAUUUACAUGUCAAGAUGAUGGGCAGUGGGACUCUAAUCCUGUUUGUGAAGUGAUUACAUGUGAACCUCCAUCACGUGACCAGCAUGUGUCCACCUCCUUUUGGAGGACCUGGAAACUGGACGAAUCAAAAUAUUACGAGUGUGUUUGGGGGUAUUAUAAAAAGGCAGAAGAGGCCACAUGCACACGAGAUGGAUUAACACCAAAACCCCUGUGUGUUGAAAUCGUCUGUGCAUCUCCUGAUCUGCCAAAUGCAAAAAUCACAAGAGGUCAGGAAUCAAAGUACAAACUCAAUGCAGCAAUAGAAUAUAAAUGUCACCCUGGAUUUGAACCACAGGGCACUGUACAAAUCACCUGUAUAUCCUCGGGUCAAUGGUCAGGCAUACAGAAAUGCACUGGAAUGUGUGGAAGACCUGAUAUCCGAAAUGCAAAAAUUGAAGGAGCUCUAAGACAAAGUUACAGUACUGCAUCAACAUUGCAAUAUAAAUGUAAUCCGGGAUUUGAACCUGAAGAAACUGUUGAAAUAACUUGUAAUCCCCAGGCUCAAUGGACAGGUUUACAGCAGUGCACUGAAAAGCAAGAUUGUGAUAGUCUACAUGUGAAAAAUGGGUUUAGUCAACCCUUGAACAAGAAAGAAGUCCUUUACUCCUGCAACGAGGGUUACAAACCAUUGACUGGGGAAUGGUGGAGCUCAGUCACGUGCAGCAAAGGCUCUGAUGCUCCUCUGUGCAUCCGGGAGGAAGAAUGUGGUGAUUUGCCCAGUGUUCAGAAUGGAAAACUAAAACUUAAAGAUCAAAAAACUGCUGAAGUUGAUUGUGAUCCAGGAUUCAUAUCAGAUCCACCUUCCAUAAAGUGCAUCAGAGGUACAUGGGAAACACCAACCUGUAAUGCGGGUGUGAGGUGUAGCACUCCUCCAAAAGUUGUUAACGCACUUAUAACCUCCAAGCCAAAAUUAUUUUAUAUAGAUAAAUCUAUUGUAACAUAUGCAUGUCGAAGUCCGUUCACAAUGAAAGGGCAAAGUACAGUUUCCUGCCUCAAUGGAAAAUGGGAGGAAACACCAAUAUGUGAAGGGGGUGACCAGUGUGACGCUCCACCAAAAGUUGAAAAUGCAGACAUAACAUCCAAACAUGAAGACUUUUAUGUAGAUGGAUCUAGCGUAACAUAUGCAUGUCGAACCCCAUUCUCAAUGAAAGGGGAAAGUACAGUUUUCUGCCGCUUUGGAAUUUGGGAAGAACCACCAACAUGUGAAGCAAAGUGUCCCAGGCCAUUUGAGAAUUUCAUGGAGCUGGAAAAAGAUAAAGAUGAGUACGACAAUAAAGAAACUCUGAAAUACAAAUGCUUGAAGCCAUACAAUAAAAUUCCAGGAGGAGAGUGGAUCUGUGAAAAUGGAAAAUGGACUGGAGACUUUGUCUGCACAAGUGACAUCUGCCCACCACCUCCUUAUAUUGAAAAUGGAAGUUAUAAUAGUAGGAAUCCAGAUGAUAAUAUCCCUACUGAGGUAUCCUAUAAAUGCAAUUCUUACUAUGUGUUAAGUGGGAGAAAGGAAUAUUACAGGUGUGAAAACGGGAGAUGGGAAACCCCUCCGAAAUGUCUGAAGCCUUGUGUAUUUUCACAAGAUAUUCUUGAAGCACACAACAUGAAACUCGAUCAGCGAACAACCUUCUUAAUGCAUAAUCAUUAUGAUUACUAUGAUUGCAAGGAUGGAUGGACUACCGCUAAUAGAGGAUACCACUAUAUGAAAGUGACAUGUCUCGACGGGAAGUCGGACAUUAAAUCAUGUCAGAAAGACACAAACUGAGAAAGUCCUGGAGUAAAACACUGAGUGCUCUGUAUGAAGAUCUGAUGAGUCCUCAGAUGAAUGAAGAUGGACAAACAUCUCUCUCUCUCUCUCUCUCUCUCUCCAUCUCUAUCUAUCUAUCUAUCUAUCUAUCUAUCUAUCUAUCUAUCUAUCUAUCUAUCUAUCUAUCUAUCUAUCUAUCUAUCUAUCUAUCUCUUGCUUGAUACUUCAAUCUGCUGCAUCAGUUAAAGU